AUGGUCGCGAUCCCAAUCGACACCCACCCGCACAUUCUGGACGCAAUCCUCGCACAUGCUCCGUACGAGUCGCUCCUUGCACUGCGUGCCGCCUGUCGCUCCCUCCGCGGGCGAGUCGACGCUCUUCUCGUGCAGCACAUCGCCUUCCUUGGCAUCGAUCUCCUUGCCGUGUGGGAUAAUCGGCGCGUCCGCAUCCCACGCACCGAGUGGUGGGACGUCACCGCACUGACAGAGGCUGUCCGCGCCGUUGACUUUUUCGGCGCGGUCGCUGUACGCCCAAACCUGCCGUCGAGAGCCGAGCGCUGCUGGUGCGAGGUGCAGCUUCGGGACUCGCGCGUCAGUCUUACCCAGGUGAAGGUUGUGCGUCAAUGGACACGCGAACAUCGUUGCGUGGACGUAACGGCCCCGCGGGUCGUCACCCUCCUUCCGCCCGGCAAGCCUCAGUACUUUGGGCGUCCUUGUCCCGAGCUGGCACCUGUGGCCGUCUUUCUAUGUUCGCCCGGCGCACUGCGCUGCGAUGUCGCGGGACUGGGUCACGUCGUCAUUCGCGCCCAGCCGAGCGACGAGAACGAGGUCGAUCCCACUAUCCUGUGCCUGGACCUCGCACGCGUCCUCGCGCUCGCCGACACCGGAUGUACACUCGUGGGGUGGGCCGACUUGCCGUUCCUGCGUAAGUGGGCAACGAAAGGAGAUGUCCGCGCUCAGAUUGCCCGCAAUGUCGCGGCCGAGCUCAUCCUCGAACACUACGUUGACGAGGACGACGCUCCGGCCAUUGUGGAUGAGAACCUGCGCAUUAUCACCCACGAGGAGUAUCGCGCUGAGAUCGGUGAAGAACUCUACGCAUUUGAGUCGUACUGUGUUUAA